AUGGCACUAACGGUGGCUAUGACGUAUUGGGGUUGCCAUGUCGGACUAGUAUACUUCCUUUACAAUGACAUGGCAUACGUCGAUUGGUUUAGGAAGUGGCUGAUUGCACCAAUAGUAUACCUGGCGUGGUCGGCUAUGCUACUGAAUUUCCUGCUAGCAGUACUCGUCCUCACUCUGAACGAAACAGGGCGGCGAUGGCUUGGUUACGCAGCGUUUGCGUGCCAGAAGCUCAAGGGGAAUGCGUUUCUGCUGUUGCCAGGAACCCAGAUCGUGAAAGCCGCCGCGACUUCGGGAAAAUACUCGACCGCUAAGAUGCUUGGAUCGACAGCAGCUGCGAUGCUGUUGAAUCCGGGGUCGGCUGAGCACGUAUACGAGAUGUUACCUACUCCGAUGAAUCUAUGUUUCUGGUGGGGAAUAAGACUAGAGUACCCCGCGCUGGCGUUCGGCCUGGGGUCCUUCGCCGUUCUAGUCUGCCAGCUGAUCACCGGUAUGGUACUCCAGCCGGUUUUGAAAGCUGGGGGUAACGGAGCCGAGGGUGUCACAGCGGACAAAAUUCAGCUCUGGUAUGCGCUAGCGCCGAAGAAUCGGCGAAUAUUAUAUCAAAAAGAACUAGCGGACAUCGAGGUGUCAGAGAUUGAACGGCUGAUGGACAUUUCUGAAUCUGAGGGUGAGAUAGACUCACCCUUGGAGAGCAUAGAAGAGGGGAAGCUGGACGAACGCGUUCAGAAUGAUGAAUCUACACAUUAG